UUGAUCAUUAUUCCUUUACCUCAGUUUUUUCAGCUCAUCAAAAUGGGGCAGAGAUGGGGGCAUCUGUAAGGCACUUAGUUUACUCCAGAGCCUAUACUUGGGUAAUAUUAGCAGCAAGGGUGCCAAAAGAGGGUGGGACUGAAUGUGGCCAGGGUAGAACGGGGAAUCCCCAUAAACAUACAUUUUCCGAUUUCUCCCCUCCCUGUUGACUUUACUCAACUACCAUUUCUGGUUUGUUACAUCAAAUGAUACAUUCUGCUGUUUGUAUACUGUAGUAUGUUGUCACAUUGUUAAACUUCUUAUUCUCUGUAAAUAAAGUUGUAAAUGUUUAUUUAAAUCCAGCCAUUGAAUUGUGCUGCUCAGAAACUGAAGGUCUGUUGAGUUAUGUCAGAAUGAGGGAGGGAGGGAGCCUCCCUGGGCAGAGGCAGUCUACCUGAGGGAAGGGGAGCGGUUGCUUGGUUGCUUGGUUUUAUUCUCAUUCUCAUUGUGUAUUUUGUGUUUUUAUGUUGUGAACCACCCUGAGAUCUGCCAGGUGAAGGGCAGUAUAGAAAUUAGGAGACACCCUCCUUUGAAUUGGCUUGCACUUCCAUCCCGCGAAGUGCCCAGAUCCUGGCUUGCUAGUUUUCAUAGCCAUGGCAACGGAAGAGAAGAAGCCAGAUUCAGAAUCAACCAAAACACAAUCAACACCCUCCUCUUCAACCAAUCAGAGCAAGCCUGCCCCUGUAAAACCAAACUAUGCCCUGAAGUUCACACUGGCAGGACACACAAAAGCUGUCUCAUCAGUGAAAUUCAGUCCCAAUGGGGAGUGGCUGGCCAGUUCUUCGGCUGAUAAGCUUAUAAAAAUCUGGGGUGCCUAUGACGGCAAAUUUGAGAAAACCAUAUCUGGCCACAAGCUGGGAAUCUCUGAUGUUGCUUGGUCAUCUGAUUCAAACCUUCUUGUAUCUGCUUCAGAUGACAAAACUCUCAAAAUUUGGGACGUGAGCUCGGGGAAAUGCUUGAAAACCCUGAAGGGGCACAGCAACUAUGUCUUCUGCUGCAAUUUCAACCCACAGUCCAACCUCAUUGUCUCAGGAUCGUUUGAUGAGAGUGUGAGGAUAUGGGACGUCAAAACCGGGAAGUGCCUAAAAACCCUGCCAGCCCAUUCUGACCCGGUUUCAGCGGUGCAUUUUAACCGUGAUGGCUCCCUGAUAGUGUCCAGCAGCUAUGAUGGCCUCUGCCGAAUCUGGGAUACAGCAUCAGGACAGUGUUUGAAAACACUGAUUGAUGAUGACAAUCCUCCUGUGUCUUUUGUGAAGUUCUCUCCCAAUGGCAAAUAUAUUCUAGCGGCAACGUUGGACAACACUCUUAAGCUUUGGGACUACAGCAAAGGAAAGUGCCUAAAGACCUACACAGGCCACAAGAACGAGAAGUACUGCAUCUUUGCCAACUUCUCCGUUACUGGUGGAAAGUGGAUCGUGUCUGGUUCAGAGGACAACCUGGUUUACAUUUGGAACCUCCAAACAAAAGAAAUUGUACAGAAGCUGCAAGGGCAUACAGAUGUUGUGAUCUCUACAGCUUGCCAUCCAACGGAGAACAUCAUUGCCUCAGCAGCUCUAGAAAACGACAAAACAAUUAAACUUUGGAAGAGUGACUGUUAAAAUGCUUUCAGCAUCACUUCAGAGACUGCUGGGGGGGUGUCUGGAAAACAUGGGGGUAUUUUGUGUUUGUGUUUUUUGAAGACCCAUUUGCCAGGAAACAAAGCAACCUUUGAGAAGAUGAUGUCUCCUAGUCUUUGCCCAAAGAACUUCUCUCUUUGGCUUGUCUCCAAACUGGGCAAAUAUAGUUUUUUUUGUUGGGGGGGGGGGGAAUAAUAAAAAGGUUCUGUUCUGUUUGAAUUGGUGGCUUUUCCUACUGGGAAGCCAUUAACUAUUCUCUCCUUGGAGAAUAAGAUGGCAUCCUCAUUCCUUGGAGGGAACUCUUGUCUCCUAAUAGCAACCACCGCCAAGUCAUAAACUUACAAAGAAUCUGGAUAUGUUAACAUUUUUUAAAGAAAAAGAAAAAAGAUCCAGGCAGGUAGGCCCUAGUACAUAAAACUUUAAAUAGAAGAGCCAUGGUGGCUCAUUACUAAAGGCAAAUUUUCCAAUUUUAGUAUAUGUGCUGCCGAAGCGAGCACACUAAAGGCAAUUUUUUUAACGUGACCAAACAAGUGUUCUUUUGCCUUGCGCCUAUUCUCAUUUCCCACCCAUCCAAGUUUCCAGAACCUGUGACUAAAUCACCCUUUCUUUGUCCUUCUGUGUAAUGCACCCUGUUCAUCAUGCUCUCCGAUAGAUGCUACUUGACAGUAAAAGUCUAUUCACGCUUUUCACCCCACCCCAAAUUAUCUGUUCAACCUCUGUCCUCCAAAGUCUUUGCUUGUGGCUUUUUGUUUGUUUUUACUUUAAAAAAAUAUUCUGACAAAUUUCACAAACUCUGUACAGUUAUUUCAGUGUAAAAAAACAAAACGAAAACACUUUUUUUAUCUUGGAAACCUCACUGUAUGAGCUUGUAUUUGCUAAUGCUAUGGCUUUAUUCUAUCCCCCUCCUUCCACAUUGGUAUAUUCCUUUUCUACCCUUUCUUCCCUCUCCUCUGCGCUUAUCAAUAUUUUACACAUCAAACCUGGUUACCAUAUGCACAAUAAAAAGGUGGGCUUUUUUGUGAA